AUGGCUCCCGUCCCGGAGGCCUAUUUCCCGUCCCUGGACAAGUGCUUCUCCGGGGACGUCCAGCUCUUGUCCUGGAAAAGAGCUUUCAUUUACACCAUUGAUCCGAAGAACUAUACCGACAACGAGGGCACCAUCGAGGCUUUCCUUUCACACCCCGAGAGCGCUCGCCUACUUUCCGACGGCCUCACACCGUUUCCUCCUCCCACCGCGAAAUCCAAAUCCGAAUUCGAGUCCAAAACUGCCGCUAUUCAUGUCGAGACGAACGGCAAAAGCUCUUUCGAUUUGAAGGAGCUCAAAGCCGAUGCCUUAUGGUUGAGCCAGAAGGCCGGGAUUGACGAGAUCUCCGCUCUUCGAAUCGCUGUACUGGAAUGGCAAGACCGCCCGGCGAAGCGCCUUGCAUCUGGCUUCUCCACUGAGGAAUCCACCAGUUUGCAGAGCGCGGCUGGAGCGGAGAACUUCCGGGGCUCAUUAGCUGGUCCCAGCUUGGCCAGCAUACUGACUCAAACCGCCAGAAGCGAAGUAUCUCAAUCAUUCGAUAAAGAGGAGAGUAGGCGACUGCGUCUUCGCGAGGUGUAUCUCUCUGAGGCAAGCCAUAUCGUGAAGACGCUUCGCAAGCUGCUUGCCUUGUCUCAACACAAUACUUUGGCAGUCUCGUCGGUUCCCUCGCCCGUUGAUAGACGCAAAAUCGCCCUCCAAAACUUGGGAACCACGUUUUUCAAGAAUAAGUCGACUGGCAAUGAACUAAACCAAUUUCUUCAAGAUGCCAUUGAGUCAAUACGGAGACGAUUGACUAGCUUGGACGACGAGGGUGGCUGGCUCAGUGCUGCGGAAAGCAGUCAAGAUUUGGAAACCAUUUGGAGAACAAGUCUUGUGGAAGAGAUUGUUCAUGUGAUGCAACUCAUCUUCCACCAAGUCCAACGCUCCAGCGAAAUUCCAAAUUCAAAUCUAAUCCUAUCUUGGCUCCAGCUCAUGUCAGAAUAUAGCUUCAUGGAGCCAAUUCAAGUGCAUUGUCAGCACCCAACGGAGGUCUUGUUCCCUCUUCAAGCAUUUGCAUCGCUUAUCACAUUGGCAUUGUUGAAACUUCCACUCGCCUUCUCGUCGAUCAGAAACGGAACGCACAUUAGAUCUGCUGACAAGCCCUACUUUUUGUGCAAAGACAACAUCUCGAAGAUUAACGAGAUUUUCACUGCCUCCGGUGAAAUCACCACCGCAACCCCCGCGGCAUUCUCUUGGGGAUUGCUUUUGUACACCAUGCAGGAGCUGGCAGAAUCUAUGAGGAACGGGCGAGAGGUUCAGGAAUCUUCGUCUGCUAGUGACUCCUUCAACGGAAAUACAGCAAACACAGGCCUACUACACUCCACGGAGCGGUCACUCUAUGAAGAAGUUCUUGAUUGCGCUCAAACCCCACAAAAUUCCGUCGAAGAUGCAGUCACUAUCCUUACCUCCGAGGUUGUCAGAGAAUCGGCAUUGAGCACUGUCCAUGCCCUCGCGACCAGAGCUGGAGCUUGUUCAGCUGUCGACGAUGGUCUGACGAGUAGAUGGGUACGCUUGGCACUCCUUGAUCUGGUUCGAGUCUCCACGCUCUUCUUGGACUACUCUCCAGAGAUGCUAGGGGCCGUCCUGGCCAUUCUUGGCGAAAGUGAUCACGAUUCCCCCAAAGACCUUGAUUCCUUAGGGCCGGAUACUGAUCCCAAAUUUUCAUUCGCAAGUGACCAGGACUUGAUGGGUAAUAUCUUCCAUGUCGCACGAGCUCGUUUCCCUUAUGAGACAGCACCAUUCCUGCAACUUUGUCGUGCUCUUGUUACUCCACACUCCUUAAAUGAAGAUGGCCUGCCAUCAAUAAUUGAAGAGCUGGAGAACAUGGAAUCCUUCACACAGAUCGUGCCACCCCAUUUUCAGGGCUACGACACCAUUCGAGAGGAUGAGAACGCUGAUUAUGUGGCCUUGCUACACCCUCUUCCAAUGCUUGAAACUUCUUCCCAUCGCCGUCUUGUCGGAAAUACUGCAAGCAACGCUCUCGUUGUCAGUGGAUCUUCUCAGAUCCCUCCCCAAGCCAUUGGCCAAGUUGUAUCUGAGUCAAGACCCGCCGUCAUCAAGUGGGCGCAUCGAUAUUCUUGUUUGAGUUUCUUGGGAAGCUGGCUUGAAGAAUGGAGCGAAGGUGGAGGUCACUUUUCAGGGUUUACCGAUGACACCGCCACGGACAUCAUUGCACUCUUCACAGACUUGAUCGCCAGCUCCAAAAGACAAAACUCAGCAGAGGCAUGCGGCAAGAGAAUUCUGGAGAUGGCAAGUGAUGGCUUGUCAAAGCAGGGAGACAUCAUCUCUGUGAUUUUCGACAUCUUUGAGCGCAAUCUGCAAACUAUUGGCUCUCGAGGCGAUUUGGGCAACUCUUUGAAUGCUACCAUGGAAUGUUUGCGUUUCAUCAAGACGCUUCUUAAGGUACUGCCCUGUCGAGUUUGGCCCUUCCUUGGACGCAGCAGCUUCAUUGGAUCCGAUGGCAAAGGUGGAGUCAUGACCGCGAUCAUCUCUGCCAUGGAGAUUCCGGCCGGCGAGUACCCAUUCCUAUUGAACUGCGUCGAGCUCGUAGAUGCUGCUAUUGAAGAUGCAGCAUCUCGAGCAGUGCUGCGGAAAUCUCCAGGCAGUGCGGGAAGUAAAUCCACCAUUGCCUCUGAUUGGAGUGCUGGAAUUCCAUCUCACGCCAUGAGGACGAUUUUGUUGAACUUCACUCGGACGACAGUGGAGAUUUUCAACAGCAAUGGAAAUUGGAGGUUCAACUUGCCAGAACAACGCUUCAAGAUCAACUCAAUGCUUGCCAAAUCUUUCGAGCGUGUUCUGUACUAUGCCUAUGGCAUUAAUGAUAGCCCGAAGCUUGAGAGCAAGGUAACUGGUGUGUUCUCUGCUUCUGCGGCAUACAUCCUUGACAUGUUGCGCCCUCAAUCCACUGCCGAUUUGCCUUUUAACCCAAUCUUCCGACUGAUCGCCGACGGUCUUCAAACACCCCCUACACUCCAUCUUAGAUACCUCACCCUCGUUGAAGAUCAGGUCAGGUCCACACUGCAGCUUUGCAUCAAGCUUAUCCAAGCAGCCCAGCUUGCAGAACUUCCUGGCUCGUUAUUGGAAGAACAAUUAUUCAAAGCAAGCCCGGUUCUCGUCAAGCUUUACGCAUCACACGAUCCAUACAGGCUCCCCGUUGUCUCUCUCCUCGAUAUUCUGAUCACCACUGCUGCUUCAUAUGCAGACAACGAGCCCCCUUCCCUUGUUGGCCACCUAGGAGCAGAAUCAUCUUGCCUGUUUCUCGAUGUUCUUUCACAGCUUGACAGGCCACUCUGCGACCAGUCAUUGGUCGUUGCAGUAUGGCAGCUGCUUUCCACCUUCGUGAGCAAGCGGCAGCAAUGGCUUGCUGUGUUCAUUCUCACAGGCUCGUCCCCUCGUCAGACCCUCAAGAAAGAAUCUGGCGCGGGUGGUCUUAGCAUGAGGAGUGCUCCUUUUCUGGACAUGGCACUCGAGAAGCUUUCACACAUUGAUCAGGAACAGCCCCAGGUGUCUUUGGCGUUGCUAGAGUUUGUCUCUCGGGCCCAAGAAAACUGGCCCUGGGCCACCCCUCAUCUCAGCAAGCACCCUCAUUUCUUCACCAACAUCAUCAACCAUGUAUCAAAGUUGAAGAUCUCCUCAUUACCCGUGAUGGACCAGAUCUAUGCUACCCGCAUUGCCGCCGUUGUUGCAGAUUUGUGCGCCGUUUAUCUUCACUCCGCCAAAGAAAUGGGUGACCGAAGCUUUAUCAAGACUCUGAUCCCGCUAGUUUCAUGGUACUCCAAGGAUGCUGUGGAAGUCUCCGCUUACAAUGCUUCGUUGCAUGCGAAUCUUAAAAAGAACUUCGAGAAUCGUUACUCAGGGUGCAAGAUUGUCGAUUUCAAGAGAACCCCACUUGAAGCUCGCUCGCUCGGGCGCGAUUAUUACUACGAUUUAGGCAUGGGAGACAAGCUUCUGUCAUAUGACUUUGCCUGGGCUAGCUCUAAGAAUCGCGGCUUUGCUGAAGAAUUCGAGCGAGCCAACAUCAAUCUGUCUCUUGUCGAGGCACAGGUUGGCCUUCUGAACAGUUGGAAGUUCUUUGCGAUCGAGCAUUGUGCAGACUUCAUGCCCGACACUGAAAUCCGAAAGUCAAUGGCACUGGUCGCCCAGAGUUGUCUCAAGGCCAACAUCAGCAGUGGUCCCCCUGAAGCUAUCUUCGAGCGGAUUCAACAAGCCCGUAUUGAUUUCGCCCAAGCGCUUCUGCAACGACUGGUCGAAGUGAACGCUCGAGGUGCCGAGGUUUUCCAACUUCUCGAGAUUACAUGGACAGCACUGCGCGCUCGCCAUAUAACCUAUGAAGAUGCGCUGAUCAACGGCGAUACCGAAUAUUUCCGCUCCCUUUUGAACGUGCUAUUCUUGGCCCUUCAGUUCCACAUGGGUGGCCCCACCCGAAGCGCCCCCGAAGCCAUCAACAAGAGGGCGGAAGUUUCAUCGGACCUCACCGUGGUCGUGGAAGUUGUCAAGACAAUUGUGGCCCAGGGUUUCAAGUCUCUCACCACCUAUCUCCAUGACAGCCCUGAAAAAUGCACGCCAAAAGACUUCGCCAUCAUCAUCGCCAUUUUGCAGACCGCUUUGCAGGUAAAGAACGCUGAUCGCCUCUAUGAGCAUAUUGUCUACCAUAUCGAGGAGAACGAGACUGUUCGCCACGCCACAACACUCUUCUCUUGGGCCGAUCAAUUAGCCGUCUCAGGCGAUCCCGUCUACGCUGAGCUCAGUGUCUCGAUUCUGGUCAAGAUGUCCAGCCUGCCUUUGCUGGCAGAGCACCUCGCCGUCGAGGCAGUGCUGAUGAAGCUAUCUACCUGCCGCUUGACCAACCUCCUAACCCAGAAUAAAUCCUUCGGGCCAUUCGACCCUGUUCCUCGACUGUACGCCAUUUGGACCGGAGGAUUCCUCCCUCUCUGUCUCAACUUGCUCUACAGCGUCAUGCGGACCGCGCCCGAGGUUGCAGCUUUCAUCAAUCAAUUCGAGAGCCGCCUAAUCCGAGCCCAAGAGGCAUUCUCUUCUGGUCACGCGACCACCACCCUCUCUUCACCGGCCUCCAAGUGGAUCAGUCUCAGCAUGGUCUCGGAGGCUUACUCGCUCGCUUUGAUCACCUUCAUUCUCGGACGCUUCCGUGACGCCGGCGCCAGUGCCGGAGUUGAUACCCAAUCCAUUCAAGAAAUCAAAUGGGACAAGGUGCAGGUCAAGGAGGAUAUCGAGGAGCUUCUCCGUCGUCGUCCUGCCUUGCGUGCUCGCAUCGUUGCAACUAGUGAGAAGGAAGUUGAAUGGUCUCGUCAGAAACCAGUUGACUCGGCUUCCGGCGCGGAGAACCGAUUGGAGGAGAAGGUUGUCUCUGAGAUGAAAGCGGCGAUUACCUGUUUGGGUGGGGAGGAAUCAUGA